AUGGGCCUGUUGAUGGACAUCUCUGUGUUGCUGGGAGUUAGCACGGUGAACAAACACAAGCCAUGGAUUGAGACGUCGUACCAUGGGGUGAUCACAGAGAACAUGGACAUCGUCCUACUGGACCCUCCCCUGGUGGCCCUGGACAAAGACGCCCCCGUGCCCUACGCAGAGAAGUACCAAGUUACAAGCACAAAGACAGGGGAGAUCUGUGCGUUUAAGAUCCAUGGUCUGGAGGCUCCAUUCGAGGCAGUGGUGCUGAACGGGACGUCUGGUGAGGGCCAGCUGAGAGCCAGGGGCCUAGUGGACUGUGAGCUGCAAAAGGAGUACACCUUUAUCAUCCAGGCCCAUGACUGUGGAGCAGGACCUGGGGGCACCGGGGGGAAGAAGUCACACAAGGCGGUGGUACACAUCCAGGUGAAUGAUGUGAAUGAGUUCUCUCCAGUGUUCCGGGAGGCCCAGUACCACGCGGCAGUGACAGAGGGGAAGAUCUAUGACAACAUACUGCAGGUGGAGGCUACAGACCAGGACUGUUCUCCACAGUACAGCCAGAUCUGUAACUACCAGAUAAACACCUCAAACACACCCUUCGCCAUCGACCGCAAUGGUAACAUCAGGAACACAGAGAAGCUGAGCUUUGAUAAGCAGCAACAGUAUGAGGUCCUGGUCACAGCCUUCGACUGUGGACAGAAGAGAUCCACAGAGAGCGUGGCGGUACACAUCGACGUUAAACCUGUCUGCAAACCUGGCUGGCAAGGUGAUUAG